UCAGUCCAACGUGGUCCCUUCACCCGGGCUCCGCUCUUGCCUUCUCCACACUUGUUUGAUUUAUGAGGAAUCCAAGAUGAAUUUGGAGCAGGAGAGGCCGUUUGUCUGCAGUGCCCCAGGCUGCUCCCAGCGCUUCCCAACAGAGGACCAUCUGAUGAUUCAUAGGCACAAGCAUGAAAUGACUUUGAAGUUUCCCUCAAUAAAAACAGACAAUAUGUUAUCAGAUCAGACUCCGACCCCAACGAGAUUCCUGAAGAACUGCGAGGAAGUGGGGCUCUUCAAUGAGCUGGACUGCUCCCUCGAGCACGAGUUCCGGAAGGCUCAGGAGGAGGAGAGCAGCAAGCGGAAUAUCUCGAUGCAUAACACAGUUGGUGGGGCCAUGGCGGGGCCCGGAGCUCACCAGCUUGGCAGCACCCGGAUGUCCAACCAUGACACCAGCGUUGUGAUUCAGCAAGCCAUGCCGUCACCCCAGUCCAGCUCUGUCAUCACACAGGCACCUUCUACCAACCGCCAGAUCGGGCCUGUCCCAGGCUCUCUAUCUUCUCUGCUACAUCUCCACAACAGACAGAGACAGCCCAUGCCAGCCUCUAUGCCCGGGACCCUGCCCAACCCGACAAUGCCAGGAUCUUCUGCCGUCUUGAUGCCAAUGGAGAGACAAAUGUCUGUGAACUCCAACCUCCUGGGAAUGCAAGGUCCAAAUCUCAGCAACCCCUGUGCUUCUCCUCAAGUCCAGCCAAUGCAUUCAGAAGCCAAAAUGAGGCUGAAGGCCGCACUGACUCACCACCCUGCUGCCAUGUCAAAUGGGAAUAUGAACACCAUGGGACACAUGAUGGAAAUGAUGGGCUCCCGGCAGGACCAGACGCCGCACCAUCACAUGCACUCUCACCCACAUCAGCACCAGACACUGCCAGCCCAUCACCCCUACCCACACCAGCACCAGCACCCGGCACACCAUCCUCACCCGCAGCCCCAUCACCAGCAGAACCACCCACACCAUCACUCCCACUCCCACCUUCAUGCACACCCGGCACAUCACCAGACCUCGCCACACCCACCCCUGCACUCCGGCAACCAAGCACAGCAGGUUUCACCAGCCACACAACAGAUGCAGCCAACCCAGACAAUACAGCCGCCCCAGCCCACAGGGGGGCGCCGGCGAAGGGUGCUGGAUGAAGAUCCCGACGAGAGGAGGCGGAAAUUUCUGGAAAGGAACCGAGCAGCCGCCACCCGCUGCAGACAGAAGAGGAAGGUCUGGGUGAUGUCACUGGAAAAGAAAGCUGAAGAACUCACCCAGACAAACAUGCAGCUUCAGAAUGAAGUGUCCAUGUUGAAAAACGAGGUGGCGCAGCUGAAACAGUUGUUGUUAACACAUAAAGACUGCCCGAUAACAGCCAUGCAGAAAGAGUCGCAAGGGUAUCUAAGUCCGGAGAGCAGCCCUCCUGCAAGCCCUGUCUCCGCCUGCUCUCAGCAGCAGGUCAUCCAGCAUAAUACCAUCACUACGUCCUCGGCUGUCAGCGAGGUCGUAGGAAGCUCCACCCUCAGCCAGCUCACCACUCACAGAACAGACCUGAAUCCAAUUCUUUAAAAAUCAAGGGUCAGACCUUGCCUCCAAGAAGAGCUGCCGCAUACCAUGCGUCCUUUCUUUUAAGGGCAUUUUUAGAAUUCACUCAGACCCGGAAGACGCCUCAGUUCUUCAAAGACUGGCUUUCGUUUUUUAUAGUUAUUAUGGAAAUGUUGUCUUUUAUACUUAGUUAUAUAAGAAAAAAAAGGGAGUUAUGCAAUUAAUAUCUAUCAGCUUGGGAAAUGCUUUGGUGCUUUUCUCCAAUUUUCUGGUACCAGUUCCUUGUUUAUAAACUGAACUCUCUGUAUAUAGUCAUGGUUUCAUUCUUAUCAGUCCAACCCUUUGCCUGAGACAUUGAAUCUUGUUAAACCGCAGCUUUUAGCCAAAAUGAGGCUUACUUAGAUGUCAACAGACGCAAGGUAACUGGGUAAGAAGUCUGGUGACAUCAUAACACAUGUUGAGUUUGUGCUGUGAUGUCACCAGAAUCCCAGAUGAACACAGAGCCUUUUCCACAACUUUUUUUCUCUUACUAUAAAAGAGUAUAAGAUCCAUUGAUAUCCAAAUACAACCACCAGACAUCUCACCACCUCUCCUGCUCUUCUUGGUCCACUUCCUCGAGUACCCAAGUUUCCUCUCCAUUUCUGCUCUUUCCUGGGCUCCCUGUUUACUCUUCACUUACUUUCUUCUGUUUUACUUUUCCCCCUUUAGCAUUGCAUGUAAAGAAGAAAAUAAUGUUUAAAGAAAAAAAAAAAAAGCAAACCUCAGCAAUGUGGACCUAGCGAGUGCUUCUCUCUCACCCUUGGCCCAGAGCUGGAGUUCAUUCAAGUCUUGCAUUUUACAAACUAGUAACCGGGAGACGUUUAAUGUGCCUGAUUUAAUGUUUUUAAUAAUCAGAGCAAAUAAAAGGUGGCUUAGCCAUAGGGGUAGCACUGUUGAAUGCCAGCUGUGGAGACACUAGGGAAGGGAGCUUUGUAAGCCUCGAUGGUGAAAAGUCCAAAUCAUGAUGCGAGGCGAUAACAUCACACCCUCGAAUUACAACCGGUGUUAAAUGGCCUGUCUAUGUCAGAAAGCCAUGGACUAUAUAAUAAUUCAGAAGGGCUCUAUUCACUACACAGAUUACAUUGUUCAAUCGUCAGCUGCUAAUAGCCUAAGAUUUAUUGUUAUUUUUUUUUUCUUAAGCCUAUGGAACGAGCUUUGCUGUUCUGGUGGGUAAAAGUAGACCAACUACUGGAGGAACAAAGAGAGAAAGAAAACCUAAUGUUCCGUUGGGGUGCUUUCAUCCCUCCCAUGACAGCUAAAGCACUCUUGGCCGCUAAAAGGACCCCAUGAAUAUGGCUACUCCACUCUUCUGAAUAAUUCUGAUUUACAUUUUCAACAACUUUCGUGGACUUGCCCAUUAUACAAAGCAGAUACUUCCAAACCACAGUUGUGCCUCCUUGAAACAAGCCAUUCUACUGCGCUAAUGUUUUAAUAUCACAUCUCACAAAUAACAGGGGCUAAUGUUUCUCUCUAGCAGUCUAGACAGGUGCUGGUGUUUCAUCUCCAUUUGAAUGCUUGACCUCUUAACGUGUGUGUAUGUGUGUGUGUGUGUGUGUAUAUGUGUGUGUUUUCUCAUGGGAUUUAAAAGAAUAGUAUUUUACAAAGGUGUAGCUUUUAUAAGAGUUCAGAAAAGGGAAGGAUGUGGGUUUUUUUCUCUCACUAUAGUAUAAGAAUCUAUUUUGGAGAAAAAAAAGAAAAUAUGAGGGUCAUGAAGCAUGAUUUUUAUAACUAGUUUCAGUUUUAUCUACUAACUUACUUUUUAAAUCAAUAUUUAUCAACAAUCUUUUCAUGUAUGCAGUGCUUUCAAAAGAAAGUUUGGAGUAUCCAGUAAAACUCAUGACUUGGAUAUAUGGUCUAAAAAUCAAAACAAAAGCAAAAACAAAAAAAAAAAAAGAGGAAAAAAGAAAAAAUGCAAACGAAAAGGAUUUUCUAUUAUAUUUUAGACAAACAUAUCAUUUUUUAAGUAUUUUAAAUACUGAAUUCAUAGUUGUUUUGUUUUGAAUCCUAGCAGUAACAGCUGAAUGGUUUAACCUACCUGGCUUCCUAAAAAAUGUUUAAGAUUUAGCUAAACAAGAAGUUAACAUUCUUAUCCCUAUUUUGAAAUGAAAAAUAAUUUUUUAUAACUCCUAUUUAGGACUAUCUAUGUGUCCCCCUGAAAAGGAAAAAGAGCUAAUCGAAAUGUUUACUUGUUUGGGUUUUUUAAUUUUUUAAUUUUAUUUUUUGCUUUCAGUAAACAAAAAUGUUUCUUUUUUUUUACUGUAUGCAUAGCACUUAAUGAAAUGGAUUUUUAAAAAAUCCACUGGUAAUACCAGACUGUCCGGGGAGUGGGUUGUCACUAAAAUUAUCGUUUACUGCUGUUCCAUCUCUUGAUUGAAAUAUUUAGUUGUUAAACCCAAAGCCUCUGCAGUUAAGAACUUGCCUGAGUUUUCUUAAUUCAGCAACUUGACAGUUUGACUGAUGUGCAUUAUAUAUAGCUCAAUUAUGUCUGUUUUUUAUGCUAAGUAGGCAAACCAACCACACACGUUAACAAACGGGCCUCAACAUAUAAUUAGAAUAAACUGUAUUCUUGUUAUACUCAGGGCCUUUAGAUAUGUUCCUUGGCAGUAUGGAAAUACACAGUAAAUGGAAGAUACCGGCUAGUUAGUUGUCAGAGCCCCCUGAAGUCCCAAGCAGAAAGGCUCACUGGUCAGAUAUAACACUCAGCUUAUCAAUAUUAUGUAUUUCCCUUGAAGGUCCAGCCCUCUCCAGACCAUGGAAUAAUCAGUCCUCCUUCAUGCCUACACUUUUUGCUAAUCCUGGAAAACAUUUUCCUUCUACCCCAUUCUCCUCUCCCACUGAAUGACUAGGUCAUCCAUCCAUAUUUCCACAAAUCACUUGUAAUGACCUUCAGAACAGCCAGCCUGAGGAGCGCAGGUCUCUGUAGCACUGCCUCUCUUCGAUCAUGUGUGGUACUUUUGUCGGCAGGAUCUGCCUCUGAAGUCACUGCCAGCCUACCUGGAAAUUUCUACAACACCUUCCCUACCUUAUGUGACGGGAGUUAAUUUAUAUAGGUCUCCCUGGUAGUGUUUCUACCAGGUGAAACCUCAUCUAAACUGAAGCAUCCAUAUCUUAAUUUUUUUCUCAGCAUAGGCCAGGACAGGUGUAGGGAAAAUCCUAGCCACGGCUGCACACUCACGUUAGGUCGGAUGUCUUCCCUUUAUACUCCCACUCAGCUCUCUCCUACCUCUGCGUCAAUGUAUGCAAGUCACCGUCUUAACACAGCCUGUGGGAGACAGAUGAGCAGUGCGAGCUGUCACACUGCCUGCGUUCUUACAAUGAGGGGGACUUCCUGGGAGCAAAUGCUCUUGGGAGCCUAUCCGGUCAAUGAAAUAAAAUACAACGCAUGUUCUGAUCAGAGGGGUGUCAACGGUGAAUGUCAGGUGGUUGUUGCCUGCUCGCUAAGUAAAUUGUAGUGUGUUAGUUAAGUUCGUCGUUAAAAUCUUAAACCAGCUUCAGUAAAAGACCAGACUUUGGCUGGGGUCAGGGGACGUGAGGGUGGGGGGUUAAACAUCAGUAACUGCUAUGAAACUAGCCAUCCAGUUAGGAGAGAACGUGCUUCUUUCUGGUUAAUAGAAACCAUCUAAGAAAAUAUAUAUGUAUGUAUGUAUGUAUAC